ACCAGUGUGAUGGACUCUUCUCCCACCUCUACAGUCUCCCUGGAAAAUUUCUCAAGCAUUUCAUCUGUCUCAUCAUCCUCAACCACUCUAAGUGUUCAUUUGACAGCCACCCCCACUAUCACACCUUACCUGUCUUGGUCACAUCCUUCAAUAACUGAGUCUAUGGACUCAGCAUGGAGCCUCACCUCUGUUGAAACUGAACUCUCCAUGCCUUCUGCCUCUUCUCCUGCUCAAUACCCUUUACUACUGGACUCAGUAUCCUCUUCCCCAGGUUAUAACCAUGUGACUCGAUCCUUGACUUUCAAAAUCACCAAUGAAAUCUUCACAGUUGCUUUGUAUGAUCCCACCUCUCUGGUAUACAGGCUCCUGAGUGAGAAUGUGCAAAAUCAGCUGACUCCUAUCUAUCGAAGAGCUUUCUCCAGCUUUGAUCGAGUGGAGGUUGGUGGCUUUAGGCUGGGCUCAGUAGCGGUGAACACAACCCUCGUAUUUGGAAAUGUUACUCAAGCCCCUUCUCCCGUGGAUAUUGUCUGGGUCUUGUAUCGGGAAGCAAAGGGACUGGGGAUGAUGCUGGGUAACCUCUCUUUAGCUGAAAACAGCAUCCAAUCUGAAGCUUCCACACUAACCACCCUGGCCCCGCUAACUGUCCACGUCUCCUUCACCACCAUGGAACUCUUUGAGUCCUCCCUCCUGAUACCUGGGUCUGCCACCUACACCACCCUGGAACGACUGACUAUGGAACCGGUGACCCCAGUGGUGUUGGAAUUUUAUGGGAUGCAUCUCCAGGAGCAGCCUCUACUCUUUUUCAGCAAUGAUGCCCAGUGGGUGGGUGUCAGCAUUGUGUACAAGUUCAAUGUCCCUGUCCCUGUUGGUCUUCAAGGCCUGGCUGACCGUCUUGCCCGUGAGGUGAGAGACACACACAUCCAGAAAUCUAGCAUCUCAGUCAACGAAGAGAAGGCGGAACUGACUGUAUACAACUUGUGGCUUCGGAUCCCUAAGUGGCCAUUUUCUGAGGGGCUGAAGGACAAGGCGAGCAAGGAGUCUCAGGAGCUAAGGGGCAGGCUGACCCAUGGGCUUACCACCAUCCUCAAGUCCACCGAGAAUUUUGCAGAAGUCAUCGUGGAAGGAUUCCUGUUCAGCCCUGUGAUAGCCACAGUGAGGCUCACCUACUUCAAAGCUGCACCUUCAGAAAGUGAUGUCCAAGAAUGGGUGACCAAGGGGCUGAGAACCCUUGAGGAUGCUGAUGGCCUCUACUUGGAGUUGGCUGUCCCUGACUUUGACAUGCCAAAUUCUGGGCCCUCAGGGCUGUCUGAGGCUUCCUUCCCUCCUUAUGCUGUGGCCAUGACUGUCCUGGGCUUCCUGUUCCUCUUGGUUUUCCCCCUGAUUCUUGUCCUGGCGUUUAAGACAAACCUGAGCAGCCAAAUAGCUGGCCUGUGUGUCUGGAAGCCUGGCUGCGGCCGCCAGGUCACUGCGUCCCAGUAUACGAUGCAAUCCUGUGACCUCAAACACUGAUGCACGGCCAGGAGCAGAGACCCCUGAGACAGCCUGAUGGAGAUGUGCCUCCUUCUGGUCACCCGGGGUCCCUAUGGGUCACAGUCAUUGCCUUAAACUGGAAAAGGAAUUGGGGUGGGAGUGUUAGAGGCUGAAGUGUGAUGGGAGGUUUGAGUUUUGCACCCUUCUCUGAUCAGGAUUGGUCCCUUCCAGUCCUGGUCCCAUAAAACCUUGCCUGGACUUGAGGGGACGGAAUUGGAGAUGUGAUGAGUGGCCAAAUUUCUUCUGGGCAACUUUCCAGGCAGCAUCCAGGGCUUCAGACUGAUCCCUCAUCACCCCAAAUCCAACCCUUCCUCUAUUCAGAUCUUUGCUACAGAGAGCUCUUUUCAUAAACCAAGGGGAGAUACCCAAAAGCUUAAGUAGCACCCUUCCCAGGUGGUGGUUCUAUUUUUCUGCAAGGGUCUUCUGGUGAUGGUGUAACCCAGAGGAAAGACUCCAAUGAGGGGAUAAGGCCCCAUGGAAGGUUCUUUUUUUGAGGGGAGGGACUGGAAAUCCUCUUCAUGUUAUUCUAAGUGGCUGAGUAGCCCAGAAAUUUCU